GGCACUCUUCCCCGCCGUCCACACGAUGAGUGUUGGCCGGAGGAAGCUGGCCCCGCUCUGGGCCCUGGCUCUCGCUCUGGCCUGCACCCGGCACACAGCCCCCCUCCUCUUUCUGCAGGCCAUGCCCAGGAUGGCUCCUCCGAAUCCAGCUACAAGCACCACCCUGCCCUCUCCUAUCGCCCGGGGGCCCGGCGGGGUCCCGCUCCGUGGGGCGACUGUCUUCCCAUCUCUGAGGACCAUCCCUGUGGUACGAGCCUCCAACCCGGCGCACAACGGGCGGGUGUGCAGCACCUGGGGCAGCUUCCACUACAAGACCUUCGACGGCGACGUCUUCCGCUUCCCCGGCCUCUGCAACUACGUGUUCUCCGAGCACUGCGGUGCCGCCUACGAGGAUUUUAACAUCCAGCUACGCCGCAGCCAGGAGUCAGCGGCCCCCACGCUGAGCAGGGUCCUCAUGAAGGUGGAUGGCAUGGUCAUCCAGCUGACCAAGGGCUCCGUCCUGGUCAACGGCCACCCGGUCCUGCUGCCCUUCAGCCAGUCUGGGGUCCUCAUUCAGCAGAGCAGCAGCUACACCAAGGUGGAGGCCAGGCUGGGCCUUGUCCUCAUGUGGAACCACGAUGAUAGCCUGCUGCUGGAGCUGGACACCAAAUACGCCAACAAGACCUGUGGGCUCUGUGGGGACUUCAACGGGAUGCCUGUGGUCAGCGAGCUCCUCUCCCACAACACCAAGCUGACACCCAUGGAAUUCGGGAACCUGCAGAAGAUGGACGACCCCACGGAGCAGUGUCAGGACCCUGUCCCUGAACCCCCGAGGAACUGCUCCACUGGCUUUGGCAUCUGUGAGGAGCUCCUGCACGGCCAGCUGUUCUCUGGCUGCGUGGCCCUGGUGGACGUCGGCAGCUACCUGGAGGCCUGCAGGCAAGACCUCUGCUUCUGUGAAGACACCGACCUGCUCAGCUGCGUCUGCCACACCCUUGCCGAGUACUCCCGGCAGUGCACCCAUGCAGGGGGGUUGCCCCAGGACUGGCGGGGCCCUGACUUCUGCCCCCAGAAGUGCCCCAACAACAUGCAGUACCACGAGUGCCGCUCCCCCUGCGCAGACACCUGCUCCAACCAGGAGCACUCCCGGGCCUGUGAGGACCACUGUGUGGCCGGCUGCUUCUGCCCUGAGGGGACGGUGCUUGACGACGUCGGCCAGACCGGCUGUGUCCCUGUGUCAAAGUGUGCCUGCGUCUACAACGGGGCUGCCUAUGCCCCAGGGGCCACCUACUCCACAGACUGCACCAACUGCACCUGCUCCGGAGGCCGGUGGAGCUGCCAGGAGGUUCCAUGCCCGGGUACCUGCUCUGUGCUUGGAGGUGCCCACUUCUCAACGUUUGACGGGAAGCAAUACACGGUGCACGGCGACUGCAGCUAUGUGCUGACCAAGCCCUGUGACAGCAGUGCCUUCACUGUACUGGCUGAGCUGCGGAGGUGCGGGCUGACGGACAGCGAGACCUGCCUGAAGAGUGUGACACUGAACCUGGACGGGGCGCAGACGGUGGUGGUGAUCAAGGCCAGUGGGGAAGUGUUCCUGAACCAGAUCUACACCCAGCUGCCUAUCUCUGCAGCCAACGUCACCAUCUUCAGACCCUCAACCUUCUUCAUCAUCGCCCAGACCAGCCUGGGCCUGCAGCUGAACCUGCAGCUGGUGCCCACCAUGCAGCUGUUCAUGCGGCUGGCGCCCAAGCUCCGUGGGCAGACCUGCGGUCUCUGUGGGAACUUCAACAGCAUCCAGGCCGAUGACUUCCGGACCCUCAGUGGGGUGGUGGAGGCCACCGCUGCGGCCUUCUUCAACACCUUCAAGACCCAGGCCGCCUGCCCCAACAUCAGGAACAGCUUCGAGGACCCCUGCUCUCUGAGCGUGGAGAAUGAGAAGUAUGCUCAGCACUGGUGCUCGCAGCUGACUGAUGCCGACGGCCCCUUCGGCCGGUGCCAUGCUGCCGUGAAGCCGGGCACCUACUACUCGAACUGUAUGUUUGACACCUGCAACUGUGAGCGGAGCGAGGACUGCCUGUGCCGCGCUGUCCUCCUACGUGCACGCCUGUGCGCCAAGGGCGUGCAGCUCAGCGGCUGGAGGGACGGCGUCUGCACGAAGCCUAUGACCACUUGCCCCAAGUCAAUGACGUACCACUACCAUGUCAGCACCUGCCAGCCCACCUGCCGCUCCCUGAGCGAGGGGGACAUCACCUGCAGUGUUGGCUUCAUCCCCGUGGAUGGCUGCAUCUGUCCCAAGGGCACCUUCCUGGACGACACGGGCAAGUGUGUGCAGGCCAGCAACUGUCCCUGCUACCACAGAGGCUCCAUGAUCCCCAAUGGGGAGUCGGUGCACGACAGCGGGGCUAUCUGCACCUGCACACAUGGGAAGCUGAGCUGCAUCGGAGGCCAAGCCCCCGCCCCAGUGUGUGCUGCGCCCAUGGUGUUCUUUGACUGCCGAAAUGCCACGCCCGGGGACACAGGGGCUGGCUGUCAGAAGAGCUGCCACACACUGGACAUGACCUGUUACAGCCCCCAGUGUGUGCCUGGCUGCGUGUGCCCCGACGGGCUGGUGGCGGACGGCGAGGGCGGCUGCAUCACUGCGGAGGACUGCCCCUGCGUGCACAAUGAGGCCAGCUACCGGGCCGGCCAGACCAUCCGGGUGGGCUGCAACACCUGCACCUGUGACAGCAGGAUGUGGCAGUGCACAGAUGACCCCUGCCUGGCCACCUGCGCCGUGUACGGGGACGGCCACUACCUCACCUUCGACGGACAGAGCUACAGCUUCAAUGGAGACUGCGAGUACACGCUGGUGCAGAACCACUGUGGCGGGAAAGACAGCACCCAGGACUCCUUCCGUGUUGUCACCGAGAACGUCCCCUGCGGCACCACAGGGACCACCUGCUCCAAGGCCAUCAAGAUUUUCCUGGGGGGCUUCGAGCUGAAGCUAAGCCAUGGGAAGGUGGAGGUGAUCGGGACGGACGAGAGCCAGGAGGUGCCAUACACCAUCCGGCAGAUGGGCAUCUACCUGGUGGUGGACACCGACAUUGGCCUGGUGCUGCUGUGGGACAAGAAGACCAGCAUCUUCAUCAACCUCAGCCCCGAGUUCAAGGGCAGGGUCUGCGGCCUGUGUGGGAACUUCGACGACAUCGCCGUUAAUGACUUUGCCACGCGGAGCUGGUCUGUGGUGGGGGACGUGCUGGAGUUUGGGAACAGCUGGAAGCUCUCCCCCUCCUGCCCAGAUGCCCUGGCGCCCAAGGACCCCUGCACGGCCAACCCCUUCCGCAAGUCCUGGGCCCAGAAGCAGUGCAGCAUCCUCCACGGCCCCACCUUCGCCGCCUGCCACGCACACGUGGAACCGGCCAGGUACUACGAGGCCUGCGUGAACGACGCGUGCGCCUGCGACUCGGGGGGUGACUGCGAGUGCUUCUGCACGGCUGUGGCCGCCUACGCCCAGGCCUGCCAUGAAGUAGGCCUGUGUGUGUCCUGGCGGACCCCGAGCAUCUGCCCUCUGUUCUGCGACUACUACAACCCCGAAGGCCAGUGCGAGUGGCACUACCAGCCCUGCGGGGCGCCCUGCCUGCGCACCUGCCGGAACCCCCGCGGAGAUUGCCUGCGGGACGUCCGGGGCCUGGAAGGCUGCUACCCCAAGUGCCCACCAGAGGCUCCCAUCUUUGAUGAGGACAAGAUGCAGUGUGUGGCCACCUGCCCAACCCCGCCUCUGCCACCACGGUGCCACGUCCAUGGGAAGUCCUACCGGCCAGGUGCAGUGGUGCCCUCGGACAAGAACUGCCAGUCCUGCCUUUGUACGGAGCGCGGCGUGGAGUGCACCUACAAAGCUGAGGCCUGUGUCUGCACCUACAAUGGACAGCGCUUCCACCCAGGGGACGUCAUCUACCACACGACGGAUGGCACGGGUGGCUGCAUCUCCGCCCGCUGCGGGGCCAACGGCACCAUUGAGAGGAGGGUCUACCCCUGCAGCCCCACCACCCCUGUCCCCCCAACCACCUUCUCCUUCUCCACACCCCCGCUUGUCGUGAGCUCCACGCACACCCCCAGCAAUGGCCCAAGCAGCGCGCACACAGGCCCUCCGAGCAGCGCCUGGCCCACCACAGCAGGCACUUCUCCCAGGACGAGGCUGCCCACAGCCUCUGCCUCGCUGCCGCCGGUCUGUGGGGAAAAGUGCCUGUGGUCACCAUGGAUGGAUUUCAGCCGCCCUGGACGGGGCGCAGACAGCGGUGACUUCGACACACUGGAGAACCUCCGUGCCCAUGGGUACCGGGUGUGCGAAUCACCCAGGUCGGUGGAGUGCCGAGCCGAGGACGCCCCCGGAGUGCCGCUCCGAGCCCUGGGGCAGCGUGUGCAGUGCAGCCCGGAUGUGGGGCUGACCUGUCGUAACAGGGAGCAGGCAUCGGGGCUCUGCUACAACUACCAGAUCAGGGUCCAGUGCUGCACGCCCCUAGCCUGCUCCACCUCUAGCAGUCCAGCCCAGACCACUCCUCCAACUACCUCCAAGACCACUGAAACACAGGCCUCAGGCUCCUCAGCCCCCAGCAGCACACCUGGCACCGUGGCUCUCUCUACAGCCAGGACGACACCUGCCCCAGGUACCGCUACCUCUGUCAAAAAAACUUUCUCAACUCCCAGCCCUCCGCCAGUGCCGGCAACAUCAACAUCAUCCAUGUCGACCACGGCCCCGGGGACCUCCGUGGUCUCCAGCAAGCCCACCCCCACCGAGCCCAGCACAUCCUCCUGCCUGCAGGAGCUUUGCACCUGGACCGAGUGGAUCGACGGCAGCUACCCUGCUCCCGGAAUAAAUGGUGGAGAUUUUGACACAUUUCAAAAUUUGAGAGACGAAGGAUACACAUUCUGUGAAAGUCCUCGAAGCGUGCAGUGCCGGGCAGAGAGCUUCCCCAAUACGCCGCUGGCAGACCUGGGGCAGGACGUCAUCUGCAGCCGCACGGAGGGGCUGAUUUGCCUGAAUAAGAACCAGCUCCCACCCAUCUGCUACAACUAUGAGAUCCGCAUCCAGUGUUGCGAGACGGUGAACGUGUGCAGAGACAUCACCAGACCGCCAAAGACCGUCGCAACGACAUGGCCGACUCCACAUCCAACCAGAGCUCAGACCCAGACCACCUUCACCACACACAUGCCCUCGGCCUCCACAGAGCAACCCACGGCAACCUCCAGGGGUGGGCCCACAGCAACCAGCAUCACACAGGGCACCCACACCAGACCAGUCACCAGAAACUGUCAUCCCCGGUGCAACUGGACAAAGUGGUUCGACGUGGACUUCCCGUCCCCCGGACCCCAUGGUGGAGACAAGGAAACCUACAACAACAUCAUCAGGAGUGGGGAAAAAAUCUGCCGCCGACCUGAGGAGAUCACCAGGCUCCAGUGCCGAGCCAAGAGCCACCCAGAGGUGAGCAUCGAACACCUGGGCCAGGUGGUGCAGUGCAACCGGGAAGAGGGCCUGGUGUGCCGGAACCAGGACCAGCAGGGACCCUUCAAGAUGUGCCUCAACUACGAGGUGCGUGUGCUCUGCUGCGAGACCCCCAGAGGCUGCCCCGUGACCUCCACACCUGUGACAGCUCCUAGCACCCCUAGUGGGAGAGCCACCAGCCCAACUCAGAGCACCUCCUCUUGGCAGAAAUCCAGGACAACCACUUUGGUGACAACCAGCACAACCUCCACUCCACAGACCAAUACAACCUAUGCCCAUACAAGCAGCACAACCUCUGCUCCUACAGCCAGAACAACCUCUGCUCCUACAACCAGCACAACCUCUGUCCCUACAACCAGCACAAUCUCUGGUCCUGAAACUACUCUGAGCCCUGUUCCUACCAUCAGCACAACCUCUGCUUCUGCAAGCAGCACAUUUGGUCCUGGAACUACUCCCAGCCCCGCUCCUACCACCAGCACAACCUCUGCUGCUACAACAAGCACAAUCUCUGCUCCAACAACGAGCACAACUUCUGGUCCUGGAACUACUCCCAGCCCUGUUCCCACCACCAGCACAACCUCUGCUCCUACAACCAGAACAACCUCUGCCUCUACAGCCAGUACAAACUCUGGUCCUGAAACUACUCCCGGCCCUGUUCCUACCACCAGCACAACCUCUGCUUCUACAACUAGCACAACCUCUGGUCCUGGAACUACUCCCAGCCCUGUUCCUACCACCAGCACAAUCUCUGUUCCUACCACCAGCACAACUUCUGCUUCUACAACCAGCACAACCUCUGGUCCUGGAACUACUCCCAGCCCUGUUCCUACCACCAGCACAAUCUCUGUUCCUACCACCAGCACAACUUCUGCUUCUACAACCAGCACAACCUCUGGUCCUGGAACUACUCCCAGCCCCGUUCCCACCACCAGCACAACCUCUGCUUCCACAACAAGCACAACCUCUGCCCCUACAACCAGCACAAUCUCGGCCCCAACAACCAGCACAACCUCUGCCACUACAACCAGCACGACCUCUGCUCCUACACCCAGAAGAACCUCAGCCCCUACAACCAGCACAAUCUCUGCCUCUACCAGCAGCACAACCUCUGCGACUACAACCAGCACAACCUCUGCUACUACAACCAGCACAAUCUCUGCUCCUACAACCAGCACAACUUUGUCUCCUACAACCAGCACAACCUCUACUACUAUAACCAGCACAACUUCUGCCCCUAUAAGCAGCACAACUUCCACACCACAGACCAGCACAACUUCGUCUCCUACAACCAGCACAACUUCUGGUCCUGGAACUACUUCAAGCCCUGUUCCCACCACCAGCACAACCUCUGCCCCUACAACCAGCACAACCUCUGCCCCUACAACCAGAACAACCUCUGUCCCUACAAGAAGCACAAUCUCUACCGCUACAACCAGCACAACCUCUGGCCCUGGAACUACUCCCAGCCCUGUUCCCACCACCAGCACAACCUCUGCUCCUACAACCAGAACAACCUCUGCCUCUACAGCCAGCACAACCUCUGGUCCUGGAACUACGCCCAGCCCUGUUCCCACCACCAGCACAAACUCUGCUCCUACAACCAGAACAACCUCUGCUCCUACAACCAGCACAACCUCUGCCCCUACAACCAGCACAACCUCUGCCCCUACAAGCAGCACAACCUCAGCUACUACAACCAGCACAAUCUCUGUUCCUACAACCAGCACAACUUCUGUUCCUGGAACUACUCCCAGCCCUGUUCCUACCACCAGCACAAUCUCUGUUCCUACCACCAGCACAACUUCUGCUUCUACAACCAGCACAACCUCUGGUCCUGGAACUACUCCCAGCCCUGUUCCCACCACCAGCACAACCUCUGCUCCCACAACAAGCACAACCUCUGCCCCUAAAACCAACCAGCACAACCUCGGCUUCUACAACCAGCAUAACUUCUGGUCCUGGAACUACCCCAAGCCCUGUUCCCACCACCAGCACAACCUCUGCUCCUACAACCAGCACAACGUCUGCCGCUACAACCAGCAGAAUCUCAGCCCCAACAACCAGCACAACGUCUGCUCUUACAACCAGCACAACUUCUGCCUCUACAGCCAGCAAAACCUCUGGUCUUGGAACUACUCCCAGCCCUGUUCCUACCACCAGCACAACCUCUCCUCCUACAACCAGCACAACUUCUGCCUCUACAGCCAGCAAAACCUCUGGUCCUGGAACCACUCCCAGCCCUUCACCAGAGACUGUCAUCCCCGGUGCACCUGGACCAAGUGGUUUGACGUCGACUUCCCAUCCCCUGGACCCCACGGCGGGGACAAGGAAACCUACAACAACAUCAUCAGGAGUGGGGAAAAAAUCUGCCGCCGACCAGAGGAGAUCACCAGGCUCCAGUGCCGAGCCGAGAGCCACCCGGAGGUGAGCAUCGAACACCUGGGCCAGGUGGUGCAGUGCAGCCGCGAAGAGGGCCUGGUGUGCCGGAACCAGGACCAGCAGGGACCCUUCAAGAUGUGCCUCAACUACGAGUGGGAGAGCCACCAGCCCAACUCAGAGCACUUCCUCUUGGCAGAAAUCCAGGACAACCACUUUGGUGACAACCAGCACAACGUCCACUCCACAGACCAGCACAACCUCUGCUCCUACAACCAGCACAACUUCUGCUCCCACAACCAGCACAACCUCCACUCCACAGACCAGCACAUCCUCUGCCCCUACAAGCAGCACAACCUCUGCUCCCACAACCAGCACAACUUCUGCCCCUACAACCAGCACAACCUCCACUCCACAGACCAGCACAUCCUCUGCCCCUAUAAGCAGCACAACUUCGGCUCCUACAAGCAGCACAAUCUCUGCUCCUACAACCAGCAUAAUCUCUGCCUCUACAACCAGCACAACCUCUUCCCCUACAACCAGCACAACCUCUGCUACUACAACCAGCACAACCUCUGCCCCUACAAGCAGCACAACCUCCACUCCACAGACCAGCAAAACCUCAGCUGCUACAAGCAGCACAACCUCCGGUUCUGGAACUACUCCCAGCCCUCCAGCAAAACCUCUGGUCCUGGAACCACUCCCAGCCCUGUUCCCACCACCAGCACAAUCUUUGUUCCUAGAACCAGCACCACUUCUGCCUCUACAACCAGCACAACCCCUGGUCCUGGAACCACUCCCAGCCCCGUUCCCACCACCAGCACAGCCUCUGUUUCAAAGACCAGCACAAGCCAUGUUUCCAUAUCCAAGACAACCCACUCCCAACCAGUCACCAGAGACUGUCAUCCCCGGUGCACCUGGACCAAGUGGUUUGACGUCGACUUCCCAUCCCCUGGACCCCACGGCGGGGACAAGGAAACCUACAACAACAUCAUCAGGAGUGGGGAAAAAAUCUGCCGCCGACCGGAGGAGAUCACCAGGCUCCAGUGCCGAGCCGAGAGCCACCCGGAGGUGAGCAUCGAACACCUGGGCCAGGUGGUGCAGUGCAGCCGCGAAGAGGGCCUGGUGUGCCGGAACCAGGACCAGCAGGGACCCUUCAAGAUGUGCCUCAACUACGAGGUGCGUGUGCUGUGCUGCGAGACCCCCAAAGGUUGCCCCGUGACCUCCACACCUGUGACAGCUCCUAGCACCCCUAGUGGGAGAGCCACCAGCCCAACUCAGAGCACUUCCUCUUGGCAGAAAUCCAGGACAACCACUUUGGUGACAACCAGCACAACCUCCACUCCACAGACCAGCACAACCUCUGCUCCCACAACCAGCACAACUUCUGCUCCCACAACCAGCACAACUUCUGCCCCUACAACCAGCACAACCUCCACUCCACAGACUAGUACAUCCUCUGCCCCUACAAGCAGCACAACUUCGGCUCCUACAAGCAGCACAAUCUCUGCUCCUACAACCAGCAUAAUCUCUGCCCCUACAACCAGCACAACCUCUUCCCCUACAACCAACACAACCUCUGCUACUACAACCAGCACAACCUCUGCCCCUACAAGCAGCACAACCUCCACUCCACAGACCAGCAAAACCUCAGCUGCUACAAGCAGCACAACCUCCAGUUCUGGAACUACUCCCAGCCCUGUUACCACCACCAGCACAACCUCUCCUCCUACAACCAGCACAACCUCUGCCGCUACAACCAGCACAAUCUCGGCCCCAACAACCAGCACAACGUCUGCUCCUACAACCAGCACAACCUCUGCCUCUACAGCCAGCAAAACCUCUGGUCUUGGAACUACUCCCAGCCCUGUUCCUACCACCAGCGCCACCUCUCCUCCUACAACCAGCACAACUUCUGCCUCUACAGCCAGCAAAACCUCUGGUCCUGGAACCACUCCCAGCCCUGUUCCCACCACCAGCACAAUCUUUGCUCCUAGAACCAGCACCACUUCUGCCUCUACAACCAGCACAACCCCUGGUCCUGGAACCACUCCCAGCCCUGUUCCCACCACCAGCACAGCCUCUGUUUCAAAGACCAGCACAAGCCAUAUUUCCAUAUCCAAGACAACCCACUCCCAACCAGUCACCAGAGACUGUCAUCCCCGGUGCACCUGGACCAAGUGGUUUGACGUCGACUUCCCAUCCCCUGGACCCCACGGCGGGGACAAGGAAACCUACAACAACAUCAUCAGGAGUGGGGAAAAAAUCUGCCGCCGACCGGAGGAGAUCACCAGGCUCCAGUGCCGAGCCGAGAGCCACCCGGAGGUGAGCAUCGAACACCUGGGCCAGGUGGUGCAGUGCAGCCGCGAAGAGGGCCUGGUGUGCCGGAACCAGGACCAGCAGGGACCCUUCAAGAUGUGCCUCAACUACGAGGUGCGUGUGCUGUGCUGCGAGACCCCCAAAGGUUGCCCUGUGACCUCCACACCUGUGACAGCUCCUAGCACCCCUAGUGGGAGAGCCACCAGCCCAACUCAGAGCACUUCCUCUUGGCAGAAAUCCAGGACAACCACUUUGGUGACAACCAGCACAACGUCCACUCCACAGACCAGCACAACCUCUGCUCCUACAACCAGCACAACCUCUGCUCCCACAACCAGCACAACUUCUGCCCCUACAACCAGCACAACCUCCACUCCACAGACCAGUACAUCCUCUGCCCCUACAAGCAGCACAACUUCGGCUCCUACAAGCAGCACAACUUCGGCUCCUAAAACCAGCAUAAUCUCUGCCCCUACAACCAGCACAACCUCUUCCCCUACAACCAGCACAACGUCUGCUCCUACAACCAGCACAACCUCUGCCGCUACAACCAGCACAAUCUCGGCCCCAACAACCAGCACAACGUCUGCUCCUACAACCAGCACAACCUCUGCCUCUACAGCCAGCAAAACCUCUGGUCCUGGAACCACUCCCAGCCCUGUUCCCACCACCAGCACAAUCUUUGCUCCUAGAACCAGCACCACCUCUGCUUCUACAACCAGCACAACCCCUGGUCCUGGAACCACUCCCAGCCCCGUUCCCACCACCAGCACAGCCUCUGUUUCAAAGACCAGCACAAGCCAUGUUUCCAUAUCCAAGACAACCCACUCCCAACCAGUCACCAGAGACUGUCAUCCCCGGUGCACCUGGACCAAGUGGUUUGACGUCGACUUCCCAUCCCCUGGACCCCACGGCGGGGACAAGGAAACCUACAACAACAUCAUCAGGAGUGGGGAAAAAAUCUGCCGCCGACCAGAGGAGAUCACCAGGCUCCAGUGCCGAGCCGAGAGCCACCCAGAGGUGAGCAUCGAACACCUGGGCCAGGUGGUGCAGUGCAGCCGCGAAGAGGGCCUGGUGUGCCGGAACCAGGACCAGCAGGGACCCUUCAAGAUGUGCCUCAACUACGAGGUGCGUGUGCUGUGCUGCGAGACCCCCAAAGGUUGCCCCGUGACCUCCACACCUGUGACAGCUCCUAGCACCCCUAGUGGGAGAGCCACCAGCCCAACUCAGAGCACUUCCUCUUGGCAGAAAUCCAGGACAACCACUUUGGUGACAACCAGCACAACCUCCACUCCACAGACCAGCACAACCUCUGCUCCCACAACCAGCACAACUUCUGCCCCUACAACCAGCACAACCUCCACUCCACAGACCAGCACAUCCUCUGCCCCUACAAGCAGCACAACCUCGGCUCCUACAAGCACCACAAUCUCUGCUCCUACAACCAGCAUAAUCUCUGCCCCUACAACCAGCACAACCUCUUCCCCUACAACCAGCACAACCUCUGCUACUACAACCAGCACAACCUCUGCCCCUACAAGCAGCACAACCUCCACUCCACAGACCAGCAAAACCUCAGCUGCUACAAGCAGCACAACCUCCGGUUCUGGAACUACUCCCAGCCCUGUUACCACCACCAGCACAGCCUCUGUUUCAAAGACCAGCACAAGCCAUGUUUCUGUAUCCAAGACAACCCACUCCCAACCAGUCACCAGAGACUGUCAUCCCCGGUGCACCUGGACAAAGUGGUUUGACGUGGACUUUCCAUCCCCUGGACCCCACGGCGGGGACAAGGAAACCUACAACAACAUCAUCAGGAGUGGGGAAAAAAUCUGCCGCCGACCGGAGGAGAUCACCAGGCUCCAGUGCCGAGCCGAGAGCCACCCGGAGGUGAGCAUCGAACACCUGGGCCAGGUGGUGCAGUGCAGCCGCGAAGAGGGCCUGGUGUGCCGGAACCAGGACCAGCAGGGACCCUUCAAGAUGUGCCUCAACUACGAGGUGCGUGUGCUCUGCUGCGAGACCCCCAGAGGCUGCCCCGUGACCUCCACACCUGUGACAGCUCCUAGCACCCCUAGUGGGAGAGCCACCAGCCCGACUCAGAGCACCUACUCUUGGCAGAAAUCCAGGACAACCACUUUGGUGACAAGCAGCACAACCUCCAGUACACAGACCAGCACAACCUCUGCCCCUACAACUAGCACAACCCCUGCUUCUACACCCAGCACAACCUCUGCCCCAACAACCAGCACAACCUCUGCUGCCACAACGAGCACAACUUCUGCCCCUACAACCAGCACAACCUCCACUCCACAGACCACCACAUCCUCUGCCCCUACAAGCAGCACAACCUCGGCUCCUACCACCAGCACAACCUCUGCUCCUACAAGCAGCACAACCUCUGCUCCUACAACCAGCACAAUCUCUGCCCCUACAACCAGCACAAUCUCUGCCCCUACAACCAGCACAACCUCUGCUCCCACAGCCAGCACGUCAGCUCCUACGAGCACUUCCUCGGCUCCUACAAGCAACACAACCUCUGCCCCUACAACUAGCACAACCUCUGCUCCCAUAACCAGCAAAAUCUCUGCCCCUACAACCAGCACAACCUCCACUCCACAGACCAGCACAAUCUCUGCCCCUACAACCAGCACAACCUCCACUCCACAGACCAGCACAACCUCUUCCCCUACAACUAGCACAACCUCAGCUCCUAUAACCAGCACAACUUCUGCCCCUACAACCAGCACAACCUCCACUCCACAGACCAGCAUAUCCUCUGCCCCUACAAGCAGCACAACCUCUGCUCCUACAGCCAGCACAACCUCUUUCCAUAUAACCAGCACAACCUCUCCCCCUACAAGCAGCACAAGCUCCACUCCACAGACCAGCAAAACCUCAGCUGCUACAAGCAGCACAACCUCCGGUUCUGGAACUACUCCCAGCCCCGUUCCCACCACCAGCACAGCCUCUGUUUCAAAGACCAGCACAAGCCGUGUUUCUGUAUCCAAGACAACCCACUCUCAACCAGUCACCAGAGACUGUCAUCCCCGGUGCACCUGGACCAAGUGGUUUGACGUGGACUUUCCAUCCCCUGGACCCCACGGCGGGGACAAGGAAACCUACAACAACAUCAUCAGGAGUGGGGAAAAAAUCUGCCGCCGACCGGAGGAGAUCACCAGGCUCCAGUGCCGAGCCGAGAGCCACCCGGAGGUGAGCAUCGAACACCUGGGCCAGGUGGUGCAGUGCAGCCGUGAAGAGGGCCUGGUGUGCCGGAACCAGGACCAGCAGGGACCCUUCAAGAUGUGCCUCAACUACGAGGUGCGUGUGCUCUGCUGCGAGACCCCCAGAGGCUGCCCCGUGACCUCCACACCUGUGACAGCUCCUAGCACCCCUAGUGGGAGAGCCACCAGCCCAACUCAGAGCACUUCCUCUUGGCAGAAAUCCAGGACAACCACUUUGGUGACAACUAGCACAACCUCCACUCCACAGACCAGCACAACCUCUGCCCCUACAACUAGCACAAUCCCUGCUUCUAUACCCAGCACAACCUCUGCCCCUACAACCAGCACAACCUCUGCCCCUACAACCAGCACGACCUCAGCUCCUACACACAGAACCACUUCUGGUCCUACAACCAGCACAACCUUGGCUCCUACCACCAGCACAACCUCUGCUCCAACAACCAGCACAAACUCUGCUCCUACAACCAGCACAAUCUCUGCCUCUACAACCAGCACAAUCUCUGCCCCUACAACCAGCACAAUCUCUGCCCCUACAAGCAGCACAACCUCCACUCCACAGACCAGCAAAACCUCAGCUGCUACAAGCAGCACAACCUCUGGUUCUGGAACUACUCCAAGCCCUGUUCCCACCACCAGCACAACCUCUGCCUCUACAACCAGCACAACUUCUGCUCCUACAACCAGCACAACCUCUGGUCCUGGAACUGCUCCCAGCCCUGUUCCCAGCACCAGUACAACCUCUGCUGCUACAACCAGCACAACCUCUGCUCCUACAACCAGAACAACCUCUGCUCCUACGAGCAGCAUGACCUCUGGUCCUGGAACUACUCCCAGCCCUGUUCCCACCACCAGCACAACCUCUGCUCCUACAACUAGCACAACCUCUGGUCCUGGAACUACUCCCAGCCCUGUUCCCACCACCAGCACAACCUCUGCUCCUAUAACCAGCACAACCUCUGGUCCUAGAACUACUCCCAGCCCUGUUCCCACCACCAGCACAACCUCUGCUCCUACAACCAGCACAACCUCUGCCUCUACAGCCAGCACAACCUCUGGUCCUGGAACUACUCCCAGCCCUGUUCCCACCACCAGCACAACCUCUGCUCCUACAACCAGAACAACCUCUGCCUCUACAGCCAGCACAACCUCUGGUCCUGGAACUACUCCCAGCCCUGUUCCCACCACCAGCACAACCUCUGCUCCUACAACCAGCAUGACCUCUGGUCCUGGAACUACUCCCAGCCCUGUUCCCACCACCAGCACAACCUCUGCUUCUACAACCAGCACAAUCUCUCCCCUUACAACCAGCACAACCUCUGCUCCUACAACCAGCACAACCUCUGCCUCUACAGCCAGCACAACCUCUGGUCCUGGAACUACUCCCAGCCCUGUUCCCACCACCAGCACAACCUCUGCUCCUACAACCAGAACAACCUCUGCCUCUACAGCCAGCACAACCUCUGGUCCUGGAACUACUCCCAGCCCUGUUCCCACCACCAGCACAACCUCUGCUCCUACAACCAGCAUGACCUCUGGUCCUGGAACUACUCCCAGCCCUGUUCCCACCACCAGCACAACCUCUGCUUCUACAACCAGCACAAUCUCUCCCCUUACAACCAGCACAACCUCUGCUCCUACAACCAGCAUGACCUCUGGUCCUGGAACUACUCCCAGCCCUGUUCCCACCACCAGCACAACCUCUGCUCCUACAACCAGCACCACCUCUGGUCCUGGAACUACUCCCAGCCCCGUUCCCACCACCAGCACAACCCAUGUUUCAAAGACCAGCACAAGCCAUCUUUCUGUAUCCAAGACAACCCACUCCCAACCAGUCACCAGUGACUGUCAUCCUCUGUGCGCCUGGACAAAGUGGUUCGACGUGGACUUCCCAUCCCCUGGACCCCAUGGUGGGGACAAGGAAACCUAUAACAACAUCAUCAGGAGUGGGGAAAAAAUCUGCCGCCGACCUGAGGAGAUCACCAGGCUCCAGUGCCGAGCCGAGAGCCACCCGGAGGUGAGCAUCGAACACCUGGGCCAGGUGGUGCAGUGCAGCCGUGAAGAGGGCCUGGUGUGCCGGAACCAGGACCAGCAGGGACCCUUCAAGAUGUGCCUCAACUACGAGGUGCGCGUGCUCUGCUGCGAGACCCCCAGAGGCUGCCCGGUGACCUCUGUGACCCCAUAUGGGACUUCUCCUACCAAUGCCCUGUAUCCUUCCCUGUCUACUUCCGUGGCAUCCGCCUCCGUGGCAUCCACCUCUGUGGCAUCCAGCUCUGUGGCAUCCAGCUCUGUGGCUUACUCCACCCAAACCUGCUUCUGCAACGUAGCUGACCGGCUCUACCCUGCGGGAUCCACCAUAUACCACCACAGAGACCUCGCUGGCCACUGCUAUUAUGCCCGGUGUAGCCAGGACUGCCAAGUGGUCAGAAGGGUUGACAGUGACUGUCCGUCCACCACGCUGCCUCCUGCCCCAGCCACGUCCCCUUCAACAUCCACCUCUGAGCCCGUCACUGAGCUGGGAUGCCCAAAUGCGGUUCCCCCCAGAAAGAAAGGUGAGACCUGGGCCACACCCAACUGCUCCGAGGCCACCUGUGAGGGCAACAAUGUCAUCUCCCUGCGCCCGCGCACGUGCCCGAGGGUGGAGAAGCCCACUUGUGCCAACGGCUACCCGGCCGUGAAGGUGGCUGACCAAGAUGGCUGCUGCCAUCACUACCAGUGCCAGUGUGUGUGCAGCGGCUGGGGUGACCCCCACUACAUCACCUUCGACGGCACCUACUACACCUUCCUGGACAACUGCACGUACGUGCUGGUGCAGCAGAUUGUGCCCGUGUAUGGCCACUUCCGCGUGCUCGUCGACAACUACUUCUGCGGUGCGGAGGAUGGGCUCUCCUGCCCGAGGUCCAUCAUCCUGGAGUACCACCAGGACCGCGUGGUGCUGACCCGCAAGCCAGUCCACGGGGUGAUGACGAACGAGAUCAUCUUCAACAACAAGGUGGUCGGCCCCGGCUUCCGGAAAAACGGCAUCGUGGUCUCGCGCAUCGGCAUCAAGAUGUACGCGACCAUCCCGGAGCUGGGAGUCCAGGUCAUGUUCUCCGGCCUCAUCUUCUCCGUGGAGGUGCCCUUCAGCAAGUUUGCCAACAACACCGAGGGCCAGUGCGGCACUUGCACCAACGACAGGAAGGAUGAGUGCCGCACGCCUAGGGGGACGGUGGUCGCUUCCUGCUCUGAGAUGUCCGGCCUCUGGAAUGUGAGCAUCCCUGACCAGCCAGCCUGCCACCGGCCUCACCCGACGCCCACCACGGUCAGGCCCACGACAGUUGGGUCUACCACGGUCGGGCCCACCACACCGCCUGCUCCGUGCCUGCCAUCACCCAUCUGCCAGCUGAUUCUGAGCAAGGUCUUUGAGCCAUGCCACACCGUGAUACCCCCACUGCCGUUCUAUGAGGGCUGCGUCUUUGACCGGUGCCACAUGACCGACCUGGAUGUGGUGUGCUCCAGCCUGGAGCUGUACGCGGCGCUCUGCGCGUCCCACGACAUCUGCAUCGAUUGGAGAGGCCGGACCGGCCACAUGUGCCCAUUCACCUGCCCAGCCGACAAGGUGUACCAGCCCUGCGGCCCGAGCAACCCCUCCUACUGCUACGGGAAUGACAGCGCCAGCCUCGGGGCUCUGCCGGAGGCCGGCCCCAUCACCGAAGGCUGCUUCUGUCCAGAGGGCAUGACCCUCUUCAGCACCAGUGUCCAAGUCUGCGUGCCCACGGGCUGCCCCAGGUGUCUGGGGCCCCACGGAGAGCCGGUGAAGGUGGGCCACACCGUCAGCAUGGACUGCCAGGAGUGCACAUGUGAGGCGGCCACGUGGACGCUGACCUGCCGACCCAAGCUCUGCCCACUGCCCCCCGCCUGCCCCCUGCCCGGCUUCGUGCCUGUGCCUGCAACCCCACAGGCCGGCCAGUGCUGCCCCCAGUACAGCUGCGCCUGCAACACCAGCCGCUGCCCCGCGCCCGUGGGCUGUCCUGAGGGCGCCCGCGCGAUCCCGACCUACGAGGAGGGGGCCUGCUGCCCGGUCCAAAACUGCAGCUGGACAGUGUGCAGCAUCAACGGGACCCUGUACCAGCCCGGUGCCGUGGUCUCCUCGAGCCUGUGCGAAACCUGCAGGUGUGAGCUGCCGGGCGGCCCCCCGUCGGAUGCGUUUGUGGUCAGCUGUGAGACCCAGAUCUGCAACACACACUGCCCUGUGGGCUUCGAGUACCAGGAGCAGAGCGGGCAGUGCUGUGGCACUUGUGUGCAGGUUGCCUGUGUCACCAACACCAGCAAGAGCCCCGCCCACCUGUUCUACCCCGGCGAGACCUGGUCAGACCCCGGGAACCACUGUGUGACCCACGAGUGUGAGAAGCACCGGGACGGGCUCGUGGUGGUCACCACGAAGAAGGCGUGCCCCCCGCUCAGCUGUUCUCUGGACGAGGCCCGCAUGAGCAAGGACGGCUGCUGCCGCUUCUGCCCGCCGCCCCCGCCCCCGUACCAGAACCAGUCGACCUGUGCUGUGUACCAUAGAAGCCAGAUCAUCCAGCAGCAGGGCUGCAGCUCCUCGGAGCCCGUGCGCCUGGCUUACUGCCGGGGGAACUGUGGGGACAGCUCUUCCAUGUACUCGCUCGAGGGCAACAUGGUGGAGCACAGGUGCCAGUGCUGCCAGGAGCUGCGGACCUCGCUGAGGAAUGUGACCCUGCACUGCACCGACGGCUCCAGCCGGGCCUUCAGCUACACCCAGGUGGAAGAGUGCGGCUGCAUGGGCCGGCGGUGCCCUGCGCCGGGCGACACCCAGCACUCGGAGGAGGCGGAACCCGAGCCCAGCCCGGAGGCAGAGAGUGGGAGCUGGGAGAGAGGCGUCCCAGUGUCCCCCAUCCACUGACCAGCACUGCCGCCCUCCUGACCUCCAAGGAGAACCUCCCAUAUGUCCUCUGAGCUCGGCUUCCAAGGCCAGUGGAACUUGUGCCCCUGUCCAGGCGGCUGCAGCUUUGAACACACUGUCCACGCCCGCUUUCUUGUGGAGGGUGUGGGCUAUGGGUCACCUGCUGCCUGGAGGAGGGGCCCUUACCCACCCCGCCUGCAGCCACCUCUCAGGACCAGCCCCGGGGCUGGCCGAGCUCCUCUGGCCAUGCAUCCAGCCUGCUGUUCUGGGGACGUGAGCAUCACCUGAGGGUCUCAGGAAUGACGCUUGGACAUGGUGAUCAGCUGCCUGGUGGCUGCAGGAGGAAGAACCUCACUCCUACCUCAGCCCUCAGCCUGCACUCCCCUCCUCAGUACACGGCCAAUCUGUUGCAUAAAUACACUUGAGCAUUUUGCAA